GACAGAAGAAGGUGCAGAGUUCUCAAAACCUCCACACAUGCACAAUGCCUCUGGUCUGGUUGCUGUUGUUGUCGUCUCUUUUCGGAACGUCCCUCGGCUGCAUAAAGGACCCGGCCUCGGCCUACAGAUUCACUGGAACCGUCUGCCGGCUCACCCACCCUGCAGCUGUUGUGUUGAACGAGAAAACCACCAAAGUGAUCGAGGCAGCGUUCCAACAUGCCAGAUACCCAAGCAUGAAGGGGGAGAAGUCUCUGCUCUUUACCGGCAAAGUUCUAUACGGCCUGGACAAUCUGGAGAUUCACAACCUGUCUAUUGGUCAGAGUGAAUUUGAGUUUCGUCCAGGGGAAGGCGUUGAUUUGAAGAUAAGUAACGUGUCCGCCAUCUUUAGAGGGACAAUCAAGUAUGGAUAUGGCAGCUGGCUGGUCAAUGUUGCACAUUCCGUUGACUUUGAGAUUGACUCUCAUAUUGACCUUGGAAUCAAUCCCAAACUUUACUGUGGUAAUGGUAAAGUGGCAGUGGACACAUCAGACUGUUAUUUGAACUUUCACAAGCUCCACCUCCUCCUGCAGGGAGACAGAGAACCAAAUUGGCUGAAGAGGAUCUUCACCAACUUCAUCACUUUCACUGUCAAAGUGGUCGUCAAGGCACAGAUUUGUAAGGAGAUAAACAAAGUCGCAAAUGUCCUGGCUGACUUCAUACAAGACACAGCAGAGAGGUUCCUCAGUGAUGGUGACAUCAGUGUGAACAUCAAUUUGACUGCUGAUCCUGUCAUCACUCCCACCUACAUCGAAUCUUAUCAUAAGGGUUUGACCAACUACCACAAUGUUACUGCUGUCAUCAAUGACUCCGUCUUCCACCCCAGUCAGCUGACUGAACACAGGAUGCUCUACUUUUGGUUUUCAGAUCAGGUCAUGAACCCCAUGGUUGCUGCUGCUCAUCAUGAUGGCCGUUUCCAGUUGAAUAUCUCUGGAGCAGAAUUCACUGAACUUUUCAAGGCAAAUUUCUCCAGUUCCACACCUGAGUUCUUCAACAAGUGUCUGUUGGAGUCUGUGUCUCCAGAGUUAAAGCUGUGGAGUUCAUCUGUUCCCUACUUGAAGACGUCCAGUGUGGGGACCACGGUGUGGGCCGAGGCCUCGGGGGAACUGUACUGUGGAAAUCCUCACACACCGACUCUCUUCUUCCAAACGGAGGUGGUUACGGUGGUCACCACUUUCUAUGCAGACAAGAAAGUCUUCCUGAAGGGUAACGCCUCAAAAGUCUCUGUGAUUCAAGCAGAACUGUCCUCACACGACCAGCAGCAGCUGAAUGAAACACUUGCAGAGUUCAUAAAAGAGGCGGUGAAAAAGGUCGGCGUUCCUAAAAUUCUGUCCGUUCUUCGGGUGGAAGUCACUCGGCUGUUGGACCAACAAGGGACAAACCUGUUUGAUAUCUUCAAUCCAGAAGUUCUUCCUCGGGAUGGCUUCGUGGUGAUUCAGAUGGAUUUUGGCUUCCCUCAUCACCUGCUGGUGGAGUUCCUCAGUCGGACCCUGCAGUAACCGGGAACCGCUAGAAGGAUCACGGACAAGAACUGUGAUUCACAAACUGCGAUAAAUGUUCACAUUCUGUAAAUAAACUUCAGAGUUCUUUAUGAUAGUCACUCAUCAUGUUUUACACAAUUAGCACAUUUUCAACAUGAAUAAAAACUUAUUUUCUUGUAAAAUCAAAA